AUGUGUGAAGUAUGGCGAAAUUAUUCGAAGCACGAAAACUCAUACGUGAAGGUGACCACAUCAGAAGGUGAUCCCAUCUUGGGGUACAUGUACACUUGCGAUCCUGAGACAGGAAACGUCGGACUCCUAGGAAGCGGCGCCGCCGUGCAUCUUAUCUUCAGCGCCGAGAUAAAUAGUGUGUCACCCGCUGGACAACUUCCGGACGGUGUGCACACGACGCUUCCCGCGCCCGAGCAGGAAAAGGGGGUGGCGAUGGGCCAACAAACAGUUCUAGAAGCUCUUAGACAGAGAAGAAUUAGCGCUGAGGUUAAGGAAGACGAGGAAGGUGAGUACAUUGCAGUAUUGGACGGCAUCGCCACUAUUCGGUCGCCUUUUGUUCCAGCGUCUUGCCGUAGCACCAGUGAGAAUGUUGUCAUGAGAGUACGAAAGGUGCUUUCUGAAAUUUAUGCGGCCCAUGGAAGCGGGAAAGAGUUUGAAAACGAGUGA